GUAGCUAAAGGUUGCGCUCACCCGUGUUUCAAGUUUCAACACUUCCUCUCCUCUCUUUCUUUUUCCUAAUUCGCUUUACUUCCUCCGACAUGGAGUCAGAGACACCAGAGGUGUCGAUUGAUGUGUUUCCUUACCUUAGGGUGUACAAAGAUGGAACCCUCGAGAGGAUUGCUGGAACUGAAGUGGUUCCAGCAGGACUUGAUUCUGAGACUGAUGUUCUGUCUAAAGACAUAGUGAUUGUACCGGAGACCGGCGUUUCAGCUAGAGUUUACAUCCCAAACUCUGUCCAUAAAGAGCAGAAGCUUCCCCUGGUGGUGUAUUUUCAUGGGGGAGCCUUUUGCAUAGCGACUGUGGCUGAGCCUAAGUACCACACCAGCCUCAACAUGCUAGCGGCAGAGGCUAAGGUUGUGGUUCUUUCUGUGGAUUAUAGGCUAGCCCCUGAGUACCCUCUUCCAGUGGCGUAUGAGGACUCUUGGGCUUCACUUCAGUGGGUGGCUUCCCGUAUCAUGGGAGACAACGACGGCCAGGAGGAUUGGCUCAAAGAUUAUGUGGAUUUUGAGCAGGUGUUUCUGGCUGGUGACAGUGCUGGUGCUAAUAUUGCACACCACUUGGCUUUGAAGAUCAAGGAUUCGGAUCUGGACCUGAAGAUUCUGGGUAUUGGUAUGAUCCACCCUUACUUUUGGGGGACAAAUCCCAUUGGAUCCGAGAUUACUGAUUCAUUCAGGAAGGGAUUGGUGGAUAACUGGUGGUUGUUUGUAUGUCCUUCCGACAAAGGGUGUGAUGACCUGCUCAUCAACCCGUUUGUGGAUGGAGCGCCUGAUCUUGCCGGCUUGGCAUGUGACAGGGUGCUUGUCAUCGUGGCGGAGAAGGAUAUAUUGAAGGACAGAGGGAAGCUUUACCAUGAGAAAUUGGCGAGGAGCAACUGGCCGGGAACGGUGGAGCUGAUGGAGACAGAAGGGGAGGAUCAUGUCUUCCACAUCUUUGAGCCCAAUUCUGUAAAGUCAAAGAGUAUGGUCAAACGGUUGGCUUCUUUCUUCAAUCAAGGGAAGACUCCUGUUCUGUGACUGUGUUGCUGCUUUCGCAACCGUGGAAAAUAAGAAGUGACACCCGUCUUUACACGUAGGUUCACUAUGUUCUUCAAAUUUUCUUUUUCGUUAGUAUUGCUUCGUGUACACUUGCGAAGUACUGUUGUCUU